CUGACCUCAAAAAGGCCAGCAGCCACAGGCAGCUCCUAACCUCACACCUGACCCAGACAGAGCCCCCAAAGGCAGGACCCAGGCUUCUCAGCCCCAAGACAGAACUUGGAUCUCCCUUCCCGUCAGCCCCCAAUAACAGGACCAAAUCAUCCAGCUGCCCCUUCCCCUUCGGUUCCCAAGGGAAGAGCUGUGUACUGCUCUCCCUCCAUCCCCCAGACGUGUACCCCCAGCAAUAGGUACCAGCCUCCUCCCCCCACUGACACCCCCAUCCCAAACCAGGACAAUUUAUUCUCUGUUCCCUCUCCAGCUGGACACCACUACACUGCUCAGUAAAUACUUAACUCCAGCUGAGUCCUAACCAAGGAAGGUCUAUCUCGUGCACUGCUUAGAACACAUUCUGUAAAGGAGGAAGCUGAUGUGAACAGGCUAAGGGACGUAUCCGAGGUCGUCCAGCCCAGGAACCGUCGGACGGGGCGGAGGCCGGACGUUUAGGAGUCUUCCAGAGGAUCCUCCCAGCAGCAGGUGAACAGGAGCGUUAGGCCAUGCUGUUGCUGGCUCAGGCACCCAAGGCUUGGCACAGGCUCUUUCAGCUCAAGCCUCCAGCCCUUCCUAGGACCCCAGGAGGAGAGGCCCAGCAUGCGAGGUACCGGUUCCUAUCAAGGCAGGGCCCUGCAGAGACAGGAAGGCAGGACCAGCCCCAGGGCCCUGGUCUACGAACUAGGUUGCUGAUCACAGCCUUGAUUGGGGCUGGGCUGGGUGGGCUGUGGCUGGCCAUGAGGGCCGAGAAGGAGCGGUGGCAGCAGCGACGACGGACAGAGGCCCUGCGCCAAGCUGCCGUGGGCCAGGGUGACUUCAGCCUGCGGGAUCACCGGGGCCAGGCUCGCUGCAAAGCUGACUUCCGGGGCCAGUGGGUGCUGAUGUACUUCGGCUUCACUCACUGCCCUGAUAUCUGCCCCGAGGAACUGGAGAAGCUGGUGCAGGUAGUGCGGCAGCUGGAGGCAGAGCCUGGCCUGCCCCCCGUGCAGCCCCUCUUCAUUACCGUGGACCCUGAGCGGGAUGACGUGGCGGCCAUGGCCCACUACGUGCAGGACUUCCACCCUAGGCUGCUGGGCCUGACCGGCUCUGCUGAGCAGGUUGCCCAGGUGAGCCGCAGCUACCGCGUGUACUACAGCGCCGGCCCCAAGGACGAGGACCAGGAUUACAUCGUGGACCAUUCCAUCGCCAUCUACCUGCUCAAUCCUGAUGGCCUCUUCACAGACUACUACGGCAGGGCCAGGUCGGCCGAGCAGGUCGCAGACAGCGUGCGGCGCCACAUGGCUGCCUUCCGCAGCGUCCUGCACUGAGCUGGGUCAUUAAAAGGAUGUG